AUGUCAGAUCUGUGGGCUAACGACAGCCAGGGCCCAGGGGCAAGUGACAGUGUUGCCGGGCAGUCUGAGUGCAUCCGCUUGGGCACCUGCGUGGAGAUCGCACGCAACGAUGGGCGCAUCCGCCCGGCACUGGUGGCUGAGCUCCGUGAAAGCACUUCCAGCAUCCCUGCAGAGUGGGUUGAGAAAGGAACCAACAAGAGCAGUCAGGCGGCUCAGCUCAUCUUUGCCCUCAGCCCUCACCUGGCCAGGAGCACGUCCAUGACCAGCAUCAAGGACCCGCAGUCAGCAAAAGGGGACCAGAGUUUGGUCAGUGAAUGGAUGGCGCAGCCCAUCAAAGUGAAGAAGCCACCUGGGAGCAGAAGAGGCCCCGUGGCUGCCUGGCCUGGCUCCAGGGGCUGCAGACCCAGUAGGACGUCACCACGCGUGUGGCAGAUAGAAAGGCUGUGAGAACAGCAGGAAUGGCGGUGGCUGGAGGUGCAGGAGGCUGCUUCACUCUGCCCCAGCACUGGCGUGAUGGCCACAAUCCAGAAGUGCCACAGCCACCUGGACUGCGAGGCCCUGCGGGCUACGACACCGUGGCAGCCCCAUCAAUCUGCGUGUGUUCAGAAGCAGCCACUGAACCAAAGGCGGGCUGAGCGCAGCAGCUGCGAUGGAGUAACAGUGCCCUGCCGGGACGUGGCGGUGAUGUAUGAAGCUCAGCAGAAGCUGAACCUCACAUGGCACCCAGACAACCAGGCCUUCUGCUUUGACUGUGCCUUCGAUGAUCAUGCCACCAAGCAACAGCCCCUGGUUGGUGUUUUUUUUAUCUGGGACAUGGCUACCUGAUUUUCCGAUGGCCAGACAGGCAGCGGCAAGACACCCACCAUGAAGAGAAGUUUUCAGGAACUCUGAGGGAUCUAUAUACUGGUUGUGGAGGAUGUCUUCUGCAGGCUGCAGGACCUCAGCUGCUAGAAACUGGAGCUUUGAGUCUACGGGGCCUUCUUUAAGAUUGAUGGGAGCAAAGUGUUUGACCUUCUGAACCAAAAGCAGCAGCUGAGAGUGCUGGAAGGUGAGAAACAGCAGAUCCAAGUGGUGGGGCGGUGGGAGAAAAAAGUCACCAGUACAGAAGAUGUCAUCAAGCUAAUUGAAAUGGGUAGCAAGUGUCACGCAUCAGUCAAGUCCUCUGCCAACGCUCACUCCUCCUGGAGCCAUGCCAUCUUCCAGAUCAUGCUCAAGAAGAAAGGGCAUUUGUAUGCCAAGUUUUCCCUGAUUGAUUUGGCUGGGAAUGAGGGAGGAGCUGACAUCUCCACUGCAGACAGGCGAACAAAGCUGGAGGGGGCUGAUAUUAAUAAAAGCUCCUUGGCACUCAGGCCGUGCCUUGAGUGGGUGUUGGGGCAUAAGAGAGCCCACAUCCCAUUCAGGGCUAGCAAACUCACCCAGGUCCCAAGGGGCUCAUUUACAGGGGAAAACUCUUGAACCUUCACGAUUGUCACUGUCUCUCCAGGAAUGAGGUCCUGCAAGCACACCCUUAACAGCAUACAGUGUGCCAGCCAUGUGAAGGAGCUGGUGGGGAGUUUAAAUUCCCUUGGAUAUCCCUGACAGGAGGUGUUCAGGUUUCCACAUCAGCUGAAAGGUGUGAAGAAACCUUAGACUGUUCAGAACUACCCCAGGACAGCUGCGUUACAGCUAUUUGGGGUACAGGCAGACAAGGAAUUCUUCCCCCCAGUCUUUUUUUCAGUGCUGUUUGGAAAAACACGGAAGAGAAAAGAAGUGGAUGAGAAAACGCUUAUGGAGGAGCAUCAGGAAUCUCUGCCAUGGUUGAAAGUAUUCUUAGAAGUGGCUGGGGAAAUAGACUACAAUGCAGAUUUUUACGCUGCACAGUUUGAAUCAGUCCUGGGUCAAAAAAUUGGCAUCCUGACCAAGUUCCAAGAAAAAGUCAGAUUAUUCCGUUCAGCUCUUUGCAAGGAAGAGCAGGGCAGCAACCAGAGCUGCAUGGAGAGAUCCCGUGUGCUGUAA